UUCUUUUGAGAUUUAGUUGGUAGUAUCCAUUAGGAUAGGCAUAAAACUACUAACCUGGUCUUUGUUCUUGCCAUUGUUUACCGGACGGCAAGUGUUUGUACCUUGGAAUUGAUGAUUGUAGACAAGAUGUUGGUACAUGUAAUCAUAAUUUUUUCUUUUCUUUUCUUUGAUGACUGGAGGAAGUGGGAGCACAUGUAAUCAGAGGACUGCGUUUGGUUCCUCUUCGUUUUCUACUGUAGACCAUGGACUAGAUCAAACUUGAGAACUGUUGCACUUUUUAGGAUUAUUGAAUUUUCUUUCAACUGAUUACAUUGUCUGACUAUGUAGGCAUUUUUCUAUGAAAUGGCAAGAAAGUUAUUGACUUCAAUGCCAUGCUAUUUGUCAGAAAUGCUGCUCAUCACUAGCUCAGAGUUUCCACUUGUUUGAUUUAUCACCACAAAGAAAAAAAAAGGGUGGGUGGGUGGGGUUGGUGUGGUUCUUGUUUGUCUAUUAGAACAUGUUACUUGUUCAUUUUUGUUCCAUGUUAGAUGUGCAAUCAACUUGCCAGAAAUGAUGUGCAGCAUUUAAUUCCCUUUGUUGGCACCAUUGAUACAGAUUGUGUUAAUCUGAUAAAGCUAUUUUGAUGUGUUUUUCAAGAAUCUUUUGUGGUGACUAGUUGGUUCUUAAAAGUACUUGUAGCAUUGGUGCCUCGUCCUUCUCUUUAUUGAGGAUACUGUCGCGAAUAUCUGUACUUGGAAGUGAUUCUGUCGGUCCUUCUGCAUUCUAUUAUGAUGGAGAUGAUUUAAUACUUGUGCAUUCUCACGGUGAAAAGAAUCUUAAGAAUUAUUUGAUACCACGAGGCACGAGCUAUGCUCUCCUCUAGAGUGGAUGGGGACUCACAUAAAUGGAUUGAUGCUGAAAAUGGAGGUAAAAUAGAUGAACUUAUAAGGAAGACGAUGAGUAGAAUAAGUCAUUGCUCUCCAUUUUACCAAGGCAAGAUGAAGUUCUUUGCCACGAGUGAGUCUUCCAGAAAGGAAGCGGGAAAUAAGAAUAGACUGUUCAUGAUGUGCCACUCAUGCCAGAAACUAGAGCUGUAAGAAGACUGCAUCAUUUUCAGAAGCUAUGUGCUCUGAGCUUCCACAGCAGUCAUACCAUCAAUAUAAUCAAUCUUCCAUCCCAAGUUGCGAUGAUGGUGUAUUCUCUGAUGAAAGGCCAAGUGUGAAAAUGAAACUUGAUGACAUCUGGAAUAACAAAUUACAAGCUCAAGGGGAGUGCACAAGUACACGCGAUGGGGAGUCAAAUGAACAAUUUGGACCGACAAAAACUCAAAGUUUCUUAUAUUCUGGGACAAAAUGGAGGGACAUCCGUCCAGAGAUUACACAUUCUGCAGAUGAGUGAAUCCUUUUGGAAGAACUGCGUGAGAAGGUCGUGCCUGAAAUUGGUUACCAAUUACUACACAACUGUGCUGACCAAAUUCAAAACUGGGGUUGGAUGUACAACAUUCAUUCACAAGCUUCAAGAUCAUUUACCUGAAACUAGAGCUGUAAGAAGACUUCAGCAUUCUUCAAAAGCUAUCUGCUCAGAGCUUCCACAGCAGUCGUCCCAUAAGUGUGAUCAAUCUUCCACCCAAAGUUGUGGUGACAGUGUAUUCUCUGAUGAAAGGCCAAGUGUGAAAAUGAAACUUUUUAACAUGUGGAAUAGCAAAUUACAUACUCAAGGGGUGUGCACAAGUACACGCUAUGGAGAGUCAAAAGAAGAAUUGUCAUGCCUGACACUUCUAGUCAAAUCUUCAGAAGUUGCACCAACAAAAAACUCAAUGUAUCUUAUAUUCUGGGACAAAUGGAGUGAUUUCCGUCCAGAGAUUACAAGCGCUACUGGAACAGUCUUAAGAAUCAGAAUAAUAUACUCAAUGUCACUUCUGGCAUCUUGCAUUUUGUUGGUGCUUCAUUGGUUCCUGAUAUCAUUGAUAAAACUGCCUGGUGGAGGGUGCCAAAGUUCUUCAACAAGUUGAUAAGAAGUUUAUUUCGCUUGUGGGCCAGUUGCUAUAAUUGAUCAGAUCUAUUCUGGCCUUUGCAUAGUCCAUUAUGAUUGGCGCCCCGUCCUUCUCUUUAUUAACUAUGGUUUCUUAUGCUUCCUUUACACCAACGACAUCAAAAUAUAGCCAUUCAAACGAU